AUGGAUCAUUCCCAUUCCCAUUCCAUGGAUCCUGAAAGGGCAACUUCUUCUUCGUCCACGCCCCGCAAGUUCAGCAUUCGCAGUAACUUUGGUAAAGCGCGUCAGCCCAGAAGUCGCAAGAACAGACCCUGCGAUGCUUGUCGUCGCCGUCUGUUUUGUAAAAGCAGAGGCUUGGUAUGCCAAUCUCUCUCCGAUCCCGACGUUCUGGGCUCUCGGCCCGGUCCUUCGUCAGCUUCUGGUCAUCAUAUCUACCCUGGUCCUGGCGGUCCAUCACCUUCAACUGCCGACACGGCCGCAAGUCCUGCCUCAAUCACCGCUUCAGUUACGGCUUCACACACGGCAUCAAACUCUGCCAUUUCUCCAUCAGCAACCUCCGAAGUCAACCGCCACAGAUCGGAGCCCUCGGCCGUUGUCCACAACGGCCUCGUCCGGCCCCAUCCUCCGUCGGUCCCUGGUCAAAGCCCUUCGGCCCUCAACACCCUCAGCCUUGAUCCACCCCGUUUGCAGCCUAAUCAGGAAGUUGUUUACGCCAUUGAAGAUGUACCAGGCCGUACAGCCCAUGCCAUGGCAUUAGCCUCGGAGCAGGAUCCUUACUUUCUCGACGCCUUUCGGUCGGUCCUUCUCAGCGAGAGAGAAGGCAUUGACGCAAACUUUGUCCAGGUCUAUCACGGCGGGCCUGAUCAGGAUGAUUACCCGAUGCACUUUUUGCUUCUGCUUGAUGAGUUCCCCGACCACAAGAAUGAGGCUAGACAGCAUGCUUCAGACGCCAUCGAACGUACUGUAUGGCCCCAUGGACCAGCCCUGGUUCGACUUUACUUCCGACACGUUCAUUCAGGGUUCCCAGUUGUUCAAAAGUCUCGUUUCCUUAGACAAUAUGCAACCGCUAAACUAGACAUACCCUCCUCACUACGGGGCGCCGUGUAUGCGCUGGCCUGCGUCUUCUGGUCUCAAGACGCCCAGCUCGCCAGGAUACCAUGUCCCUUCAAACAGCACGAGCUGAUCAACAACGCCCAAGAAGCAUUGCGGCGGGAACUCGAGGCGCCUAAUCUGUCUCGGCUAAUGUCAGCUCUGCUGUUGAUGCACAUGAAGCCACCAGAGAUAGACAGCGUCGAGACCCCGUACACCUGGAUCAUGGCGUGUCAAGCCACAUCAAUCGCCCAGAUGCUCGGUCUUCACAUGGACCCUGACAAGUGGAACAUUGCGCCUUGGGAAAAGAGACUCCGUAAGAAGCUGUGGUGGGCUGUCUUUUAUACGGACUGUUGGUCGUCGGUAGCCCAUGGUAACCCCCCGCAUAUCAGUUACGAGUCCUUUACGACUCCGCCACCAGAUAUGGACGAUCUUCGGUCUGGCGAAGACAUCCCUGACGAUCUGCGGUACAUGAUUGACCCCGAAGAUGCCACCUUCCGCGUAGUUGAUGGAGCACGUUUCCUCGAGCAGAUUAAUGUGUCGAGAGAGAUGCGUGCCAUCUUGGAUUGUAGCCAUGGCGUGCGAUCUAAUACGCAGACGCGACCCCUGCACAUCUCCUUCUUUGCAACACAAGUACUACUCUUCCGUGGUCUUAUGUUCCCCGCCACGAGAGCCGCAAAGGUAACACCUGGCUCAAACCUGCAGAGGUGGCUGUCCACCGCUCUCGCAGAGUUCGAGCUCUUCACCACCUUUAUGUCAUACAUCACCGAGGAAGAACUCACCAGCUUCUGGGGUCGCUCCAGUGACCCUCGCGAUAUCGAGGCGGCCUAUAGAUUACUGGAGAAGUUCCACCUUUCACUGCAGCGACUCGGUGCAACGGAAGACACGGCAGCGCAGGUCUUUUUGAGACCUGUUAUUCUUCGGAUUGAUUCGUUCUUCAUGCAAGCUACCGAGCUGAUCAAGCAUGGAAGAACGGUGAAGCUUGAACCGCCUGUCAUGACAGUACCAAGGGGAGAGUAG